UUUGUUUUUGUUUUAAUCAAGUGAUAAAAUGGAAGAAUACCAACUCAAAAUGAAGGCUUUAGCUGAUAAGCUAAUAAGCUUAAUCUUCAAGUUUCUUGGCAUCUCGGAUGAAGAGAUGGUGAAGAAGUUGUCUUACAUCGACCCGGCCACCGGAAAACCCCACUUGGCUUUGCGCUUGAACUCGUUUCCUCCAUGCCCUGAACCAAGCAAAGUCAUUGGCCUCGCGGCCCACACUGACACCUCCCUCUUCACCAUGCUUCACCAGGCACGCAGAGAGGGGCUACAGAUCUUGAACGAGAAAGAUGGCUGGCUUCCGCUGGCUCCAAGGAGCGACGCUCUCAUUAUUAACAUCGGCGAUUUCCUCCAAAUUAUAUCGAACGGGCGGUUUCAUAGCGUUCCUCACCGGGUGAUGAUACGAGAGACUGAGAAGACUACGAUGUCGAUGGCAUAUUUCUUUCAUCCACCAGGUCAUUUAUACGUAGCACCUUAUUGUAAGCCAUUGAGUGAAACUCUACAGACUCCCAUUUAUAAAGGAGUGAACGUGAAAGAAUAUUUCAUCAUCAAGGCUAAAGCCUCGGGGAAGGGAAUUGCUGCCCUAACAAUAUGAUGUUUCAUAUUGAAAACCUCUUGUUUGCUUCACUUUCAGAAGGGUUUCCAAAAAUAAGUUGUUAAACUGUUCAUGUGGGGGCAGCUUUUAAAUGGUUUAGUUUGAUGAUCAUACACAGCCAUGCAAUAAAUAUGGAAACUUGCAUGUAAUAUUCUCGUC